AUGGAGGAAAAUACUUUCGAACCUGAUCUUGUUGAUGCCAUUUUCAAGCUCGUCUGGUCCAAUAGAGCUCUCGAGCGUCAAAUGAUUGAAGGCACCGAUGCUUUGGACUGCGAGGUAGGAGCUGGAACAUCUAAGAAAAAUCGCCCCACAUCAGCUAAUGGGAAUGCCGUAAAACUGAGUUGUGAACUUCUCCGUAACUUUGUCACAGAGGCUGUGCAGCGCGCUGCUACAAUUGCUGAAGCAGAGGGUGUGAGUAAGAUUGAAGCAACUCACUUGGAGCGGGUUCUCCCACAAUUGCUUUUGGAUUUUUGA